GACUCUGACCCUCCUGCGCAGGUGACGGACGACGGCUGGGGGGCAUCGAGAGUUGGUAGAAUUCCUUACAGCUUCUUGGGACAUCGAGGGUCUGGCUGUCAACAAUGUCAGGAGCAGUACAGUCUUUCUCAGCGGCUCAUAGAUCCUAUGUCAAAUCCUUAUACAAGGCGUACCUUGUCAAUGCUCGGGACUGGAUAGUUGAUAGACCGCUGUGGAGGAGAAGAUGCGUGGAGAUAAGGGCGGAAUUUGAGAGGAACCGGAACAUCACCGACCCUCGAGCUCUCGCUAUUGUCCUUGAGCAGGCUGAGCAGAGAUUAGCCGAUUUGGCUCAUCCUUCACCAUACAUCCACCCGACAGAUCCCGAUGGUUCGAAAUGGUGAGUGUAGCUGUCAAGCGGCCAUGCUGCUCUGUCUGUUGUUUGCUGGAUGCUGACCAUCCCGUCUCACUCGAUCAGGGAGAGAAAUCUGCCAGUGAGUUUCAGAGCUUGUCCCUACGUCCAGACCACCUUCCUUGUCAUCUCGUGUUAUCCGUCCCUGCUGACACACGUCCCAGCCACCGAGCGGCUCGUCAGGUUCAGAUUCGCAUGAUGCGCAUCACUAGGCAAAAAACGUAAAGAAGGUCUCCUUUUCUCAACACAUGCAUGUAAGU